AGCUCGAGAACUGGAGCGCGAGGCUUUCAACAUGGCGGACCUGGAAGACGUUACGCUGGACGGGAGGCCGCUUCAGUCGCUCCGUGUGGCCGACUUAAAAGCGGCCUUGGAAGAACGAGGCCUCUCGAAGAGCGGACAGAAAAAUGCUCUCAUCAAGCGGCUCAAGGGGGCCCUCAUGCUGGAGAAUCUUCAGAGAACCUCCACCCAUCAUCCUGGUCUGCAGCCUAACUCCCAGAUCGGUGAGGAGAUGAGUCAGAACAGCUUCAUUAAGCAGUACCUCGCAAAGCAGCAAGAGCUUCUUAGGCAGCGCCUAGAGAGAGAGGCACGUGAAGCAGCUGAGACUGCGGACCAGGAAGACCAUGCUGUAACUAAUGACGGCACAAAAUGUUCUGCUCCAGAAAAGGAUACUGCCCCCUUGUUAGCUGACCACAACAAACCUGCCGCCUCGUUAGUGAGUGAGGGCCUUGGUCUCACAGCAAGGGAUGGCAACGGCCUGACAGAAAGAGAGGUUUCUGCACAGCCGUCUGCCUCUGCUAGUGCAGGAGGGUCUGUGUCUCUGGGGAACAUAGGUGAGAGGGACCCAUCUUCCAGUCACGCGCCCGUGGAGAGUGAUGAGGACAGUGAUGCUGGAGAAGACGAUGAUGACGAUGAUGAAGAGGAAGACUGGAACACGACUGCUCAGCAGUGUAGACGAGAAGAGCGCCCACUUAGCCUUCCGCCCAGACAGAGGUCUGGAGAGUCUCGUGUGCAGCAGCCCUCACCACACAUUCCCUUACAGCUCCGGGAGCCGACUCCUCCGCCCUCCCCUCCACCCGAGCUUUCAUUCCCUCUUCCGGACACGCCUAAACAGAGUCCUCCUAGUCCAGGAGAACUGUCGUCCAGACAGCGUGCAUCCAGCACGUCGGGCUCUGGGAGCUCCAGUAGCCGUAGCAGCAGCCCUGAGCCAGCAAGUGCUUUCGCUGCGCGUAGACCAGGUCCACUCACUCUUCUUGCACGCAAGAUGGAGUCCGAAGGAGUCUUCUCUGGGAAAGGGCAGCAUAUGCACGAGGAGGAAGACGACGGCGCUGGCAUUACCUCCACGAUUCCAAGCAGAGGCCAUUCCGAGGGUGUUGUGUCUGCCAUUACACACACAGCUAAUGCGACAGCGCUUCGGUUAUAUCCUGGCUCAGUGAUAUCCAAGCAAGGGGGUGUGGAACCCUCUUUUCCUCACAGCCAGGUUUCAGGGAGUGUUGUCAGAGAUGUCCUGAGACAGGAAGGGAGUAGUCAUCUUUUGCGGGAACAAAAUGAAGAAAGGGAGAGACAGCAAGAAAGAGAACAUGAAGAAAGAGAGCAUAAACUUAAGGCUUUUGACAGACAGAGACAGGAACAAGAGAAGGCUUUGGCGAGAGACGGGGAAGAUCACAGACAAGCCCUGGACGUUGAGACACGGGAAAGACAAGAAGGUCUUAAGAGGGAGAAAGAAGAACGAGAGAGAGCUUUGCAGCUGGAAAAAGAAGAGAAAAGGCAAUCAUUGGAGCGAGAGAAAGUUGAGAGAGAGAAAGCUUUGGUGAGAGAAAGAACACUAGAGCAAGAGAGAUUGGUACAGGAAAGAGAACAGGCCAUAGAACUGGAGAGACAGGAACGAGAACAAGCUUUGGAGAGGGAGAGAGUUUUAGAACAAAAAAGAAUAGAAAAUGAGCAUGCUUUGGAGAAGGAAAAACAGAGAGAAAAGGAAAGACUAGAGAGGGAGAAGGCUCUAGAGCAGGAGAGACUGGAGAGGGAGAAGGCUCUAGAGCAGGAGAGACUGGAGAGGGAGAAGGCUCUAGAGCAGGAGAGACUGGAGACGGAGAAGGCUCUAGAGCAGGAGAGACUGGAGAAGGAGAAGGCUCUAGAGCAGGAGAGACUGGAGAAGGAGAAGGCUCUAGAGCAGGAGAGACUGGAGAAGGAGAAGGCUCUAGAGCAGGAGAGACUGGAGAAGGAGAAGGCCCUAGAGCAGGAGAGACUGGAGAAGGAGAAGGCCCUAGAGCAGGAGAGACUGGAGAAGGAGAAGGCCCUAGAGCAGGAGAGACUGGAGAAGGAGAAGGCCCUAGAGCAGGAGAGACUGGAGAAGGAGAAGGCCCUAGAGCAGGAGAGACUGGAGAAGGAGAAGGCCCUAGAGCAGGAGAGACUGGAGAAGGAGAAGGCCCUAGAGCAGGAGAGACUGGAGAAGGAGAAGGCCCUAGAGCAGGAGAGACUGGAGAAGGAGAAGGCCCUAGAGCAGGAGAGACUGGAGAAGGAGAAGGCCCUAGAGCAGGAGAGACUGGAGAAGGAGAAGGCCCUAGAGCAGGAGAGACUGGAGAAGGAGAAGGCCCUAGAGCAGGAGAGACUGGAGAAGGAGAAGGCCCUAGAGCAGGAGAGACUGGAGAAGGAGAAGGCCCUAGAGCAGGAGAGACUGGAGAAGGAGAAGGCCCUAGAGCAGGAGAGACUGGAGAGGGAGAAGGCCCUAGAGCAGGAGAGACUGGAGAGGGAGAAGGCCCUAGAGCAGGAGUGGAUGAAAGGAGAAGAUUUGAAGAAAGAAAGACAUCAAAUGCUUGAAAGAGAAGUAAAAAUAAAAGGCCUAAAACAAGAGAGAUCCUUGGAAGAGGAGAGAAAGAAGACAGAGAAAGAAAGAGAUACUUUGUCACAGGAAAAAGAGAGAGGAAAAACUACAGAUGUGAGAGAGGACAGAAUUAAGUCUAUGCAGAGUGAUGGGCAGAUGGGUAAGGAGAGAGAAAGUGAUGGCUGCCUUCCGUCAUGGAAGCAUGACACUGGAAGGUUCAGUCUUGAGGCUCAUUCUACUUCUCUUGCCAGUGUCUCAGUAGGAGGACUCCGGGGUGAACACCAAACUGCAGUCACCGAUGUUCAUUCAGUAGAGCAUUGCCCAUCUAAUUCUCCUACUCUUAAAAUGCCUUCAUCAGCGCAGUCCACUUCUAAGAAGUUUCGCCUUCUCAGAGAUCCGUCGAGAGAUGCUUCAUCACCCUCGUUGUUGUCCACAGCCUCAGUGUCAAAGAGGCCUCGUACCUUCUCUGACAGCCCAGGACCACAGCACGCUUCCUCUGUCCACUCCCCAGUCAAGCCAAAAGAGCCAGAGCAAUGCGAGGGACAUCUGGUUCUGGCUGGUCAGCUGUCACCACAAACAAUGAGGCAAAGGGUCCUUGUCUCUGCAUCUCAUGUAGAGAGCAAAACAUCAGAGAUGGAUAAACCGGUGCAGGCGAAGUCUCCAUCGGAAGAGAAACCCGAAGCUGCGGUACCUGCAUCAAGCGUAAUCCAGCCAGUGGCAGGCUGUGGGGGGCAACGAGAAGACGGAACAAUCCAGAAGGCGGAGCACGAGAUGCCCAAAAAAGGUCAUGAUGCACCCAAGACCUCUUCACAUCCUCGUUCCUCACCAGAGCAGCGUGAGAAGGAACUGAUGAAGGAGAAGAGGGGAAGACGAUCGUCGUCCACCACUGACUCAUCUGACUCAGACUCUGGAUCUUCAUCACAUUCCUCACGUUCGUCUUCGUCGCAAGACAGGACAUGCUCCACGGUUGGUGGCCGGAGGUCGAGAGACCCCCAGGAGGAUGCCUUGGCACAGGAGAAAGAAAACCGAGGCCAGCCUGUGAGUGUGUCUGGCACACCUGUCGCACCACAAGGUGGAAGAUCUGGCAUCACAGAAAAAGAGGAGCAGGAAAUGAACAGCGAGGAAAUCAUUCCCAGCAAGAAGCCUCACCUCAAAGUACUGGAUGAAAAGAAGGAACCACAAGGGAGGAAAGACUCUGCAGAGGAAGAUCCCAGACCCAACGCUGAAAGCAGCGUGGUGAAGGAAGCAGUCAUGGCAGAAGCUGAGUUCACCCCGGGGAGCUUGGAGGAGAGCACCACCCCAAAGGCUUUCUCAGCUCGUAGGAUUUCACUGAGCAGCAGCAAGCCGCCUCCUGGAGCAGGGGGCUCGGAGGGAGAGGCGGAGGCAGCAGCUGGACCUGCUGUAGGAGCAGGCCGCAAGCGGAGGUGGGGCGCGAGCACGGCUGUCACUGCCAAGAAGCCCUCCAUCAGCAUCUCCACCGACUCUCUGAAGUCGUUGAUUCCAGACAUCAGGCCAGGAUUAGCCCAGGACACGGUGCUGGAUCUGCACCCAGAUGAGCCACAGCUUUCUGCGGAAGAGGACAGAGAAGAGAGAGGAGACCAGGAUCUGAAAAUCCGGCGAACUGUUACGCAGCUGACUGCACCUUUUGACCAGGUUGUACCCUCCGAGACUCAAGAGAAUGGACAGAAGGAACCCAGACAGCCUGGCCAUGAGGAGCGGGAGGAAGCAGAGGCGGCAGGAAAAACCUCGCUCUGCUCCGAAACCAAAAUGGAGACUUCCAUGGAGACCGAGCUGCACUUCCCUAAGCAGGAUGUGGACAUGAAAGCUGCCACUUUGCUCCCUCCUGUCGGCAUCGCAGCCACGGCCAGCGAGACGCUGGUGCGCCGCUCCAUCAGCCAUCAGAAAUCCGGCGUGAGCAUCACUAUUGACGACCCCGUGCGUACUGCCAGGCAGCCGUCUCCGCCUCGGGGCAAGCCCUCCAACAUCAUUCACAUCUGCAACCUGGUCCGGCCGUUUACACUGGGCCAGCUAAAGGAGCUCCUGCACCGCACGGGCACCAUGGUGGAGGAGGGCUUCUGGAUCGAUAAAAUCAAAUCUCAUUGCUAUGUCACGUACUCCAACACGGAGGAGGCCCAGGUCACCCGGGCCGCACUGCACGGCGUGAAAUGGCCGCAGAGUAAUCCCAAGUGCCUCAGCGUCGACUUUUGCCAGCAAGAUGAAUUGGACUUCCACAGAGGCCUGCUUGUGGCGGAGCGCCCCCUAGAUGAGGAGAGAGGAGCCGCAGGGGGGCCCCGUCCGGCCGCUCCCGCGCCCAGUCUUCACCCGGAGAGAGAGCAGUGGGCGGAGCGCGAGCGAGAGAUGGAGAGGAGGGAGAGGGCACGGGCAGAGCGGGAGUGGGACCGGGAUAAGGUCCGAGACUUUGGCAAGCCCGGAGAAGAGGGCGGAGCCCACCGCUCUCGCUCCAGGGACAGGGAGAGGAGACGCAAGGAGAGGGGAAAGAGCGAACCGAGGAAAAGCGACAAGAAGGAAAAGAGACCAGAAGAGCCUCCUGCCAAACUGCUGGAUGACCUGUUCUGUAAAACCAAAACAGCCCCUUGUAUAUACUGGCUUCCCCUCACUGAGGAGCAGGCAACAGAGAGGCGGGCCGCACGGGCCGAGCGCAUGCGGGAGCGCGAGAAGCGGAGGAAGGAGCUCCAGCAGCGGGAGGAGGAGGAGGAGGAGAAGAAGAAGCGCGAGGAGGAGAAGAAGCGCGAGGAGGAGCGCCGAGAGAGGCCAGCGAGGAGCAGCAGCCGCGGCGGCGAAGGAGAGAGGGAACGCGACAGGAACCGAGAGAGAGGGCGGGACAGAGACGGAGACAAGCGGCGGGAUGCCCACCGCAGGCCCCGCGCAGGCAGUGUGGGAGGGAGCAGGAAGUCCCGCAGCCGCAGCGACCCGCCCCCGAGGGACAAACGACACUAACGCCCUGCGUGACACCGUCUGUGUACUGUACGAGCUCUGGUCUUAUUGCCUGGUCUUGCUCCGUUUAGGCUGCUGUCCUGGCGCCCUCUACCUGGGAACUGAGAGACCUCUAGUGUACACUUGCCCCCUCAGUAUUUUUGGACUCUUGAUGUAUGUGGAGUUGACGUCACAACAUGAAUUUCCCACAUCUCCUCAAACGCGUGCCAAUCAGGGCUUUUAAACUCGCGUCACUGACUGUACUGGGACGGCGGUUAAACGGCUCGGGGUCUGUGUGCGUUCGACUCGUCAGGGCUACAGUGCCGGUUUAGGAUCACCUGUCUGGUUUUCACACUCUCCCACGGACACGGAGGGGGGGCGGGGAUAAUAUCUUCUAGAUGGCCCUCGUACUUUGACGCGUAAAACACUAAGCUUGGCCCUCUGUCCGUCCCUGUGUCUCCUUCAGCAGACUGGAGAAGGGAGCUGCCCUGAGAAGCAGCUGCUUCAAGAGCUUUGUGACCUCCAUCCUGGUCUCCUCUACCUUCAUCAUUCCUUCUCCCUCAUUGUUGGUCUCCCAUGUUUCUGUCUAGUGUCCUUUCUCUGUACUUCACCUUUGUCCCAGCAUGGAGAGUGGGAUGGAUGUUUAACCACCCCACAUUUGUUUUACGGUUGUUUGUUUUUUGUUGUUUUUUUUUUUUUUUUUUUUACUCAUUUUAUCAUUUUAGAAUAAGUCAUUUUUAUUUUUUGUUUACUCAUGUAAGUGCUAAAUGUACAAAUAAAAAGAUUGCAUUUAAUAACAGACAUUGUUUCUUAGGUAGUUAUUUUGGUUUUGAGACCAGGCCUACACGGCGCAUCGUUUGUUAAUGGCAGAACUGAUAUUUGCUCUACUGAUUACAGAAGGCUGUAACAUGAAAUGUGCGUUGUCCAGUGAGCACCUUGUCCCUUCCACCGUAGGGCUUGUAGGUGUGUUGGAGCAGGGAAAUCCCCGAACUGGGCUCUGGUCCUCUAGAGACUGACCUGUUUCGUGGGUUCAAGUCCCAGAAAGAAAGUAAAUUGCACUACAUUUUACAUUAAGUAUGUAUGACUAUGGUCUGGUUUCCUGUAGAUGGAUGAAACCGGGUAAAUGACAAUUCCAGUCAACAUUCAAAAGACUUUUUAAACUGGUUAGGCUUAAUCUAGGUCAGCACCACAUAGGAAUUGAAGUUACUUACAAGCAAAAAUAUGCAGCAAGUUUGGCAAUUUUGCAGACAAUUCCUUAAAUACUUCUCGGUAGGUAUUCAAAAAUUUGCUAGAGUUGGUAUAAUUUUCUCUACUAACUCACCUCUAGGGUUAGCUCUAUUUUCAUCUUGAGUAGUACUUAAGUAUUGCUUCAGGCAAGAGAUUUUAAUUUGGGUUUGAGUGUUAGAAAAAUCCCUGAGGAACUGCUACAGAAUUUACGUCUUCUACAACAGAUCUGCUGUGCUUGUUACGGCAACUUCUGCCACCAGUAGGAACGUUCUGUCUUUAAUGUGAAGGGUCCUGCGCCGCUGCCGGAAAUUCACUGAAGCACAACCUGCGCGUCCACUCUCACACCCUUCGUUCCUUUGCGUGCGCUGUAGUUCUCUGCUCCUUUCUGUUCUUCCCCUGCACUGACUGGAGUCCGUGCUUUGACGUCCUUCCUGUCGACCUCAGCGGAGUACCUCUGUAAUUAGCGCUGCGGUGGCUGAGCUGAGCAUUUUUCCGACCUGAUGUAACUCCUCUUCUGCAGGGCAGCUGAACUGGGUCGGCCUUCCCGCGCGCACGCGGCCUCCCUAUGUCCGCUGUAACCACGGAUGCCUGUAUUCUUGGUUUGAGUUGGAUCCUAGAAAGCUUAAGACUUCUGACAAGUGAUGAGUCUGCCCCUUUUCGGUGCACCGGCUGACACGGGAACCUGUAAGUCAUGCGAUGGGUCUCAGAAGAGGAAUUUUGGUGAGUUCUGAGAACAAAGGAUGAAUGAAGUUGGAGAAAACUUCUAGAUGCAAAGGAAGGACCCCAGGAUGUGAACCGCAGCUGUAGGUACCUAAAGUGCAGACUGUAUGUGGCCUUGGUUUCAGCAGCACUGGCACCUAGGAGCUGCUCCUGCCACACACAGAAAGUACAACGUAGCAUCACAUACUUCGUGUUGUAGCCGCUCCCACCACUUCCUUAGAUCUGUUUAGACACAUGAUGUGUGAGCGAAAAAGAAGUCGAGCAAGAGCCGGCCUGCCAUUCAGCAUUCCAAAAUAAAGACCGCAAAGACCCCAGCUUUCUCUAAAGCACAGCUCUUAUGUGCUUUGGUAUAGCUUUCUCCCCCAUUCUUCUGUUUGCUGAUUCGUUUUUCAAAAAAGUAGAAGUGGCAUUGUGCUACGUUAUAUUCCACAUGCAAGUUCUUUCUUUUGAGGUUAUCGUUGGCUUGAUGUCACUGCUGUGCAAAAAUGUUUGCUCGUUUCUUUUCUCCUCUCCUUUCCCAUCCCUGGCUUUGUCACUUUAAUGUUUUUCAUGAAAGCCAGAUGUCCCUUAAAGUGACCUGAUUUUGGAAGGAGGGUUUGAGCCGGAACGGAACGGGAGAAAACGUUGGGGGGAGACGUUUGAUAACCCAAGUUGCAGGCAGCCGUUCCAUUUUUUUUCUCUGAUGUGGCUUACCAGUGAUCAGCCCAGUCACAAGCCCGCCGUGAAGGAGCAGGCCGGGUUUGAGGCAGGGGAGUUUCCUGAAGAAUGUGACUGGGUCAGGCUGCAAGGGGGUUGGGGAAAGAAGGGAUUAAAAGCCUGAUUCAUCA